AAAAUAUCUCAAUACUACUCAAAUACAAUUUCCAGUUCACCACAGUCUUCCACUCGUUGCUCUCCAUUUUCUCGCUUCUCUUUUGGCCGUUUGAGGCUGCUUUUCGGAAAUCGCACUAACAGGGCAGGCAGCCCUAAGGCUCUUUCCCAAAGGAGUGGGGAAAGCGAGUUUGUGGUCCCUCCGACCUGUUAGGGCAAGAGCUCAGAAUUUCUCAAUUUCACGCCCGCCAACCCACGUUCGUCGUCGAAACCGUCACUCACCACCCAAGUCGCCGAGAUGGUUCGAUACGCUGCCACCGAGAUCCAGUCCUCGAAGUCGGCCCGCGCCCGCGGUGCCUACCUCCGAGUGUCUUUCAAGAACACUCGCGAGACCGCCCAGGCCAUCAACGGCUGGAAGCUUCAGCGCGCUGUUACCUUCCUCGAGAACGUCAAGGAGCACAAGGAGGCCGUCCCCAUGCGACGAUAUGCCGGCAGCACUGGCCGCACCGCCCAAGGCAAGCAGUUCGGUGUCUCCAAGGCUCGAUGGCCCGUCAAGUCCGCCGAGUUCCUCCUCGGUCUCCUCAAGAACGCUGAGGCCAACGCUGAUGCCAAGGGUCUCGACACCGGUGCCCUGAUUGUCAAGCACAUCCAGGUCAACCAGGCCCCCAAGCAGCGACGAAGGACAUACCGUGCCCACGGUCGUAUCAACCCCUACAUGUCCAACCCCUGCCACAUCGAGCUCAUCCUGACCGAGGGUGAGGAGGUUGUCCAGAAGUCCGAUGCUGUUGUCGAGCGCGAGCACCUCAACUCGCGCCAGCGCGGUGCCCGUCUCCGCAAGGCUAUCACCGCCGCUUAAACAAUCACCAACCUCUAUCAAAUAGACAAAAUUUAAGCGCUGGUUGAAAACUGGGUUUACGUCGGGCAUCUUCUGUGCUGUAACUGUGUGACUUUUGACAAGACUCUUGAACAAAGGGACACUACACCAAGAUUACAUUAAAAAACUCGAUCAAUUGUUCUAGGGUUUUUGCGAGGGUGGUUCGUGGCUUUUCAUCAACUGGUGUAUGGCAGGCUACGGUGAGCAUGGCAUUAAAGGGAAAUUCAUGCAAAAGUUCGCAAGGUUUUCUUGACGAAAUAAAAUCAUUCAAGUCCUCCUAUGUCCGGUCCUGCAUCAGAAGAAGCAAUGUGACAUGAUUAAUUAGUAAAACUCAGCGCUGAUGCACCCCGUAGACUCACGUUAGUCGGUCACGAGUGAGGCAUUGCAUCAGGUUGGAUUUAGCGACACUGAACAUAUAUCACACUCCUCCAAGGUGUUCGAUAUCAUUACUUAUACAAUGCUUGCUAGCAGCUAUCGAUUGAGCAAACUUAACUGAUCCCAACUAGCAACAUAGCGAA